AUGUCAGCCAAAGAGAUUCACAAGUACGGAACCGACGAUGGCUGGCACGGUGUCAUCAAGGAGGGUGGAGAAUUUCCGCCAGAAAAAGACAGAUACCAUCUCUACAUUGGUCUCUUUUGCCCCUUCGCUCAUCGUCCAAACCUGGUCCGACACCUUAAGCACCUUCAACCUUACCUCCCUGUGUCUAUCGUGCGCCCUUACCCCAAAGGUGAACCAGGCUGGCGUUUCGAUGCCACCUACCCCAACGCAACACCCGACCACCUUUUCAACAGCCAAUUCAUGCAUCAACUCUACUUCCGAGAUGAUCCAGCCUACAAAGGAAAGUACAGUGUUCCCCUUCUCUGGGACAAAAAGACCAACCGUAUCGUAAACAACGAAAGCGCCGAGAUGUUGAAAUGGCUACCCAGUGCUUUCGAAUCUGUGCUGGAAAGCAACGACAAGGCGAAAGAACUCGAUCUCUACCCUGAAGAAUUGCGCCAAAGGAUCGAUGAGAUAAGCCCCUGGCUCCAAUCAUUAAUCUGCGCCGGCGUCUACAAAGCUGGUUUCGCGCCGACCCAAGAGGGUUACGAGAAGGGUGUCAUUCCUCUCUUCGCAGCUCUGAAUCAGCUAGAAGAAUUGAUACACGGUAACGGCGGCCCGUAUAUCCUUGGUACCAAACUCACCCAACUCGAUCUUCUGGCUUAUCCGACCAUAGUCCGCUUCGACACUGUUUACGCGCAGCAUUUCAAAACGAACUUGGGGUCGAUACGACAUGACUACCCUGUGCUCAACAACUGGCUGAAGAACCUCUAUCACAAUGUGGAAGGAUUCAAAGAGAGUACGGAUUUCAAGCAUAUCAAGGAGAACUAUACCAAGAGCCAUGCCGAUAUUAACCCGUUGAGCAUCACUCCAUUGGGACCGUAUCCAGACGUAGAAGAGGGGUAUGAGAAGGAUUGGAGUAAGUUGAAGCCUGGGAAGGUGGCACAUCCGAAAGUGUUGGAGGCGCAGAGCAAGUUGUGA